CCGUCCGUGCUGCUCUUUCUCCUCGCAUCCGGUAGCUGCAAGCGCACUCCCGUCUCCCCCAUCCCCCGCCCGCCCGCAUGGCUGCUCUCCUCCGCACGGCUGCGGCCCUUGCGCCCCCGCCUUCGCCUGCCCGUGAGCCGCCGCGCCGCUCGUGCAUCGUUUCCCUCCCAUGCUCCCGCCGGGCGCCGGCGCUACCGCUGCGCGCGCGGCUGCCUACGGCCCGGCGCGUCCCCGCACGCGCUGCGAGCCGGCUGCGGCGAUUGGGGGCCACCGAGGCUGACGAGGCCGCGCAGACGGCGACGGAGGAGGAUACAGAAACUGAAGUUACUGGGGACGCUGUUUCCGAUGAUGGUCCUGUGGGCACAGAAGAAGCUCCCUCUGUUCUUGUCACAGCAUUGCAAUCAUACAAAGAAGCUUUGAUGAAUGAACAUGAAGCACAAGUUGCAGAGAUAGAGUCCUUUUUACUUUCCAUUGAGAAUGAGAAAAACUCUUUAAUGAGUCAAAUCACUACUUUAGAUGCAGAAUUGACAACUGAGAAAGAUCGUAUCUUGAGGAUAAGUGCUGACUUUGAUAACUACAGGAAAAGGACAGAAAGAGAGAAGCUUUCUUUGAUGACAAAUGUGCAAGGGGAAGUUGUUGAGAGCUUGUUGCCUGUUCUCGACAAUUUUGAAAGAGCGAAAACACAGAUAAAGGUGGAAACGGAGCGUGAAGCUAAAAUAAAUGACAGCUACCAGAGCAUUUAUAAGCAACUUAUCGAAAUUCUUAAUUCACUAGGUGUCGAAGAUGUGGAAACUGUAGGCAAACCAUUUGAUCCUAUGCUCCACGAGGCUAUUAUGCGGGAAGAAUCAGUGGAGUAUGAAGAGGGGGUCAUCAUCCAGGAAUUUCGCAAGGGUUUCAAACUUGGGGAGAGAUUAUUGCGCCCAGCAAUGGUCAAGGUUUCUGCAGGACCAGGACCUGAAAAGUCUGAAGAUGACGAUCCUACAAUGGUUGAAGAUAACGUAGCACCUCAAAAGGCUGAUGACAAUGAAGAUGAUGGUUUUGAUGAUGUCGAUGCUGAGUAACUGAGCUUAAUUUAUAAUUUCAAAAGAAUUAAGUCCAGAAGUUUUGAUGUUUUUUUCUGGAGUAUGUCAAAACAGGCAAUAUGAUAGAGUUAGAUAUUUUGCUCCGCAAAUGUGCCGGUUUUCUCUUCCUGCUGUUGGCACGGAGUGUUAAUAUUGUGUCAGAAUUUUCUGUUUUCUGGGUAUGGUCAUUGUUGUGGACUUAUGAUUAGGAAUUUUGUUGGCUCAUUCAAGCAACAACAACGAUGUAUACGAGGUAAAUUGUUGUUGAUCUGUUGGAGAUCCAAAAACCAGACAACUAGAUCUGUGACUUUGCUUGCUUC